AAGCCUAAUUAAAUUAAAGAAAAAAACCAAAGCAAGGGGCGGCGGCAAAUGGGUUGGUAGCCUUUGUUUUCUGUCAUUAGUGAUUAGGGCAUCUUUCUUUUCUCUGAUCGUAUCGCCCCCCUUAAAUAUUACUGUUACUAUUACAAUCUCACACACCUCCAUUCUAACCAAAACUCCUCUCUCUCUCUCUCUCUCUCUCCCUCUAGUUUACAAAUCAAGGAGAAGAAAAUGGCAACCGCAAGACUUCCGACAAUUUGCAUGUUCGGAAACGCCCCACAAACCCGAACCAAAACCAGUUUCCUAAAAAGCCCGUCUUCAUUGGGCUCUUUAAAGAGCGCAACAAAAGCAUUGGGCUUGAAAUCGAAGCCCGAUUUUCGAGCAUGUGCAAUGGCAUGUUACAAGGUGAAAUUGGUGGGGCCCGAUGGAACCGAGACAGAGUUCGACGCACCGGACGAUGCAUACAUUCUCGACUCGGCCGAAGAAGCCGGGCUCGAGCUGCCCUACUCGUGCAGGGCAGGUGCUUGCUCCACUUGUGCAGGCAAGAUUAUCACGGGUGAGGUGGACCAAUCGGAUGGCUCGUUUCUCGAUGACAACCAAAUGAAGGAAGGGUACUUGCUUACAUGCGUUUCUUACCCUACUUCGGAUUGUGUGAUUCACACACACAAGGAAACCGAUCUUUAUUGAGCAAAUUGUGUUAUUUUUAGGAAAAUCGACUCCCCCCGUUGAAUGUGUUCGUCUUGUGUUAGAAGGUUGUGUUUGUCUUGAGAGUUGAGGAAAGACCACAAUUCAGUGUGAUCUUUUUUUAUUUGCAAAUUUGCCUAUAUGACUACAUAUUUAUUUUAUGCUAUGCGGGGUUUGCUUUGGGU